AUGAAGGUUCUAAAGAAUUUAGAGGAUGAAGGGAGAUGCAUACUUGAUGGUGAAGACUUGGAGCCAUUUUCUUUGCUUGAAAUGAUUAAUGACAUCGAUCAGCUUGCCUCUCCUACCGAUAUCUUUGAGAGAUUUAAGGACCAAAGUGGCAACUUCAACAAAAACCUUGCUAGGGAAAUUCGAGGAAUGUUGAGCUUGUUUGAAGCUUCACAUCUUGCAUAUGAAGGAGAGAGUAUACUAAACGAGGCCAAAUCAUUCGCAAGUCUACAUCUCAAAGAUUCCAAAGAGUUCGUUGGUUCAAACAUGUCAGAACAAAUAACUCAUGCUUUGGAGCUUGCAUAUCACUAUAGAAUGCGGAGGCAAGAGGCUAGGUGGCAUAUUGAAGCGUAUGCUAAAAGAAGUGACAAAAAUCAAGUGCUGCUUGAGUUAGCCAAGCUAGACUUCAACAUGAUGCAGCCUAAGCUUCAAAGUGAAGUUCAAGAAGUAUCGAGGUGGUGGAAAGUUGUAGGCUUAGCAGACAAGUUGGACUUUGCAAGAGACAGGCUAAUGGAAAGCUUCUUUUGGUCCGUUGGAAUGGCAUAUGAGCCUCGAUUUAGUAAAUGCCGAAUAGCAGUAAGCAAAGCAUUUACGCUGAUCACUGUCUUGGAUGACAUCUAUGAUGUUUAUGGUUCCAUUGAUGAACUCGAGCAAUUAACAGAUGCCAUUGUGAGGUACGACCUUGAUGCUAUGAAAGAUCUUCCUCAAUAUAUGAAACUAUGCUUCCUUGCUCUUUACAACACUAUAAACGACUUGGCUUAUGACACUCUUAAGGAAAAAGGAGAGCUCAUAAUUUCUCAACUGAAAAAAGCAUGGGCAGAUUUAUGCAAAGCAUUCUUACAAGAAGCUCGAUGGUUUUACAAGAAAGUCACACCAACCUUUGAUGAGUACAUCGAAAAUGGAUGGAUUUCAUCAUCUGGAGCUGUGCAACUAAUUCAUGCUUACUUUUUGGUCACAGAGAAUAUCUCAAAGGAGGCCAUAGUGUGCUUGGACUAUGAUCUUGGUUUCUUGCGUUGGCCCUGCAUAAUUUUUCGUCUUACCAACGAUUUGAGCUCCUCGACGGCUGAGAUAGAGAGGGGUGAAACUACAAAUGCAAUUACAUGUUUCAUGCAUGAAACUGGCCUGUCUGAGGAGUUUGCCCGACAACAUAUAAGCAAGAUGAUUGAGGAAUGCUGGAUGAAGAUGAACAAACAAUUGUUGUCUCCAUCACCAAAUAAGGAAAAUUUCAUUCAAGUUGCUAUGGAUCUUGCUCGAAUUGCUCUUUGUCAAUAUCAGCAUGGGGAUGCUCAUAGUGCCCCGGAUGCUACAGCCAAAAACCGCAUCAUGUCUGUUUUGCUUGAUCCUAUCCGGUUGAGGGAGAUGGAAGAUAAUGCCACUACGUACGGGGACAACACUGGGGCCAUUUUUUUCUGA